GGCAAACCCGACUCAAAGACUGAAAGACUGAAAUACCGUCGUUUCCUCAUGGCGUUCUCGCUAACUGCGAAGCUGUGGGUCGGACUUUUCAUCGCCGGGACCGCAAUCGCGGACCAAGAGAAUAGGUUCCGCUCGGAAAAAUACGCACACGCGCUCGAGGGACAGUACGUAACACAGCAUUACUCUUCAUUUGCGCCUCCAGGGCCAGUAUUGAAUUACUGGGAGAAGAGUCCAGCAUGUGAUGAUGGGUUAUAUACGAUCAUUUCCCCGCGCGGGGGAUCAGUUCAUCAUUCCGGACCGAUGAUCCUGGAUAAUGAUGGACAUAUGGUUUGGUUUCGGGAUUACAAGUCAGCGUAUAAUGCGAACGUGCAUACAUAUAAGGGAGAACGAUAUUUGACAUUCUGGGCUGGAGAUGAUCUUGUUCGAGGACACGGUGAAGGGACAUUGUAUAUGCUCAAUUCGAACUAUGAAGAAAAAUACAAGAUCGAAAAUGUACAAGGUCGCAGACCGGAUUUACACGAAUUCCAAAUCACUCGUGACGACACUGCCAUUUUCACCGUUUACGAUGUUCGUGGGGUGGACUUAACCUCCGUUGGCGGAACCACGGGAGGUUUCGUUUAUGAUAGUGCGUUCUAUGAGGUUGAUAUCGAGACCAACAAACUUCUAUUCGAAUGGCGAGCCUCACAGCAUUUUGAUUAUUCCGAAUCCCUUGUCCACCGCGGUGGGAACGGUGAUGCCCAUCGGCAUCCAUGGGACUGGUUUCAUAUUAACAGUGUUGAUAAAGACGAGUACGGAAAUUACCUCAUCUCCUCAAGAUACCUAGGCUGCCUUAUCUAUAUCGACGGGAGCACCAAGGAGACACUAUGGAGACUCGGUGGGCCGAAGAAUUCAUUCACUGAUUUAUCUGAUGGCGGCGCGACGAAUAUCAGUUGGCAACACCAUGCACGAUUCCAUCCAAGUUACGAUUCCAAUACAACGAGGGCCGUUUCUCUUUUUGACAAUGGAUCCCGAGGAAGAGAGGCACCUGAGAAUCCUAGUCGAGGAUUAUUCCUCGAUCUCGACUUGGCGAAUAUGACAGCCUCGAUUCGUGAACAGUACUGGAAUCCACUGUUGAUUAGCACUCAGUCACAAGGCUCGAUGCAGAUUAUGGACAACGGACAUGUGUUUGUCGGGUAUGGGUAUGAUGCGGCUUGGACCGAGUUCGGGGCUAAUGGGGAAGUAUUAUGUGAUGUGCACUUCGGACCGAGAGAUGGGUUCGGUCGGGGAGCGGUGAUCUCGUAUCGAGCGUACAAACAGGAAUGGGUCGGUCGGCCUCUCACAUUGCCUGAUGUUGCACUCUCCGGAACCACGGCAUCUGUUAGCUGGAAUGGAGCAACAGAGGUAGUGACAUGGGUAUUGCAGGGAUCAUCAUCCAUCAAGGGAGAAGACCCCAGCCCAAUUGUACUGGAUACAACAGAUUGGGAUGCGGAUGGAAGACAUCGGAUUCUUGGGGGAUUACUCAAUCAUGGAGGCGGGAAAACUGUACAAUCCAGUCGUCGGGAUGUUGAUUCAGUUCAUCUCCUUCACGAUAAGGACUUCCAGAUCAUCACCGCUGCUCCGAAGUCUGGAUUCGAGACUAAGAUUCCGAUUCCGGCAGAGACCCAGUUCCGAACAUUGCGGAUUGUCGCUCUGAAUAAGGAUGGAACUGCUCUUGCUGCGACGAGACCGAUGAAAUGGGAUCCAGUGAGAAUGAAUGAAGAAGUCGCUGUGUAUCGUGGUGACCAGGGCCAGGAUGAGGAUGGCACAUCUUCAUCACGGAGUAGACUUGCCAUCAUGUUCGGUGUGGGAUUCAUAACGGCUGCGGUGAUCUUGUUGUGUGCAUGGAUUGUAUACAAGUACAUACCAUCUGGAUUCUGGUGUAUGCUUCUUCAAGUGAACAAUCGCCGUGAACAAAAAUGGCAGCCAGUGAAUACUACCGAAGAGCUGGAUGCAUUGAAUGAGCUGAGUAAUCUGGAGUCGGGGGAACCAGAGAGCGAGGACGCUGCAUUAUUAAAAGGACAAGAAACGGGAGAGAAAGAGCAGGAGUAA